AUGAGGAACCACACAUUAGUGACAAACUUCAUUAUUGUAGGACUGAUAGAGGACCCAAAUUGGGAAAUUGUAGUUUUCCUUUUUCUAUUUGUAACAUAUCUUUUGAGUAUUACAGGAAAUCUUACCAUCAUCCUUCUGACCUUGCUGGAUCCCCACCUCAAAACACCCAUGUAUUUCUUCCUAAGAAAUGUUUCCUUCUUAGAAAUCACACUGACAACUGCCUGCAUCCCUAGAUACCUGGUCAGCAUAAUCACUAAGGACAAGACUAUUUCCCUUGAUGCUUGUUUGGCACAGGGACAUUUUACUCUUCUUAUAGGUAUAACACAGUUUUUCCUGUUGGCAGCCAUGUCCUAUGACCUCUAUGUGGCCAUCUGCAAACCCCUUCAUUAUGCAACCAUUAUGAGCAGCAGAGUGAGCCACCUGCUGGUUGCUGCUGGGGUAGCAAUCUCCCCUGGAGUUAUUGUGAGUUUGACACUGGAGUUCUGUGAUGGCAAUGUUAUUGAACAUAUUUUCUGUGACUAUUCUCCUAUCCUCAAACUCUCCUGCACAGACACACAUGACUUAGAUUUGUCAAAUUUUAUUUUAGCCAUUAUCACCCUCUUGAAUACACUGGCUCUGGUAUUGUUCUCUUAUAUCAAAAUCAUAACAACUGUUAUGAAGAUCCCUUCUGCCCAGGAGAGAAAGAAAGCUUUUUCCACCUGUUCCUCCCACCUGAUUGUGGUCUCCAUCUCUUAUGGCAGUUGUAUUUUUAUGUAUAUAAAACCUUCUGCAGAGGAAAGGAUAUCUUUAAACAAGGGGGUAUCAAUGCUUGCUGUUUCCAUUGCACCUGUACUAAAUCCUUUCAUUUAA